UGCUCUACAUGGCAAGAACUCAGAGAUUAAGGGGUUUGUCUGCACCAACUGCAAGCAGUGCUCGCGGUUCGUAAACUUGCCAAACAAAGACGGAUGAAGAACUAAGGGGGAUGAUUCGAGUUUCUUUUUUAUCUGCUCCAAAUAUGUCUUGCUUAAAGAACUUGUUUUUCUUUUGGGCAAUUCUUUACGCUGGACAGGUACCGGCGCUGGAGAGUGAAAAAUCCUUUGGGAGUCUGCUUAGUAAAGGAGCCAGAGGAUGCAGGUGGCAGUGAGGCAUUGCACUAACUUGUUUGAAGUUUUUUUUUCCAUGUCAGAGGUGAAGGAUUAUGCCUGGGAUAGGAAUUUAGGCUUCAAUGAAGGACUUUAUGAACCGACUUUCAGCUCCUAGGCAGAUGGACAGCCUUUCAUGCUUAUUUUAGUGUGUGAAUGAAGAAAUAUGCGUGGAUUUGUUUGAUUCAAGGGUGAUGCUAUUCCUUAGUGGAACUGUGGAUGUGACCCCAAGGAGUGCCACUGAAAGUCAACAGCAGGAGGGGCUAAGUUUUUACCAUCUCUCAAUUACCCUGAAGAAAACACAAAGAGAUGCGGCAUCGUCUGAGCCCAACAUGGGGUGGGUCACUACCCACCUAAAGGGAGAGCUAAUGAAUCUUGUGCCAAUGGAGAACAGCCCGAGGCCGGGCAGAGCACGACAGAAACUCAGCACCUGGCCCUCCCUGAUUGGCACAAGCAGACAUGGAAGUUCCAAAGAGGAGGUAAUUGUGGAGGAGGAGGUGGAGAGAAAAAUGAAGACAGACAGGUUUUUGAAACAAUCCUCCAAGAACUCAAAAUGCAAUAGAGACAUGGUAGAGUUAACAGCUCAGGCGGAUACCCAGAAGCAACAUAUUCAGAGUUCACCGUCAUGCUCUGUCACCCUACGUGUUGACAGACUGGUCCAUGGGGGUCAUGCCAUCAUUGAAGAGCACAGAUCUUUACCGCGGGCCGUGUUACGGAGGCCGAAGCAGAAUGAAGCCUUGCUCAGCAGGAGAACGAUGAGUAUGUAUGGCAACCCAGUUGAACAGCAAAGAUCAAGAUCUCACCUGGAUCAAGAAAAACUGCUUGGGAGGCCGAGAAGUGUUUGCAUUUUGGCAGGCCAGGGCCCAGUUCUGUCAGAACAACAGCCCCAUGACCUCUGCAAAGGGGAAGGAGUUUUGCAAAAUAAUGAGCAGCACAGGAGCAGGAAGUCUGAACUGUGGGUAGUAGAUGGCCUCAACUCUGUGUUGGCUCAAAAGUCAUCAGGAUCUGCAGAUGUGCCUCUCCGGUCCCGACAAAGGACCUGGAAACCCAGGCCUGUUAGCAUGACCGUACUGGAACUACGAAAGAAAGGCUCUGAUGACUAUAUUGACAGCCAAAUGAACUGUAACCACACAUGCAAUGAUGGAGGAGGAUUUUUUAAAGGUGGCUUUCGUUGGAAACUGUUUGGGAAAACAUCUCAAGAUAGGAAUAAAGACACGGACAAGGAUGCGGCAUCUUUCAUAAAAUCCAACAAAUCUGAUACUUCCAAAACUACACUGACCUCUCUAAAACGGAGCUUCAGUUUGCGAAUCAGGAGGAAUCGGCCACGUGAGAAAGUCAAUCUGGGGUUUCCGGGGGAGUCAAGGGAGUACUCUCAAAUUAAUAGUUCUGGAGAGGAGACAACAAUGCAUCCACGGCCAUUCUCGUAUCUCACAGGAAAAAUGCUCCCAGCUUCAUGUGAACCCACAGAAGAUGGGGGCAUGCAGUACAUUCAGUACCACAGCAGGGGGAAAACCAAGGUAAUGGAGGUACCCCUGUGUCCUACAAAAUUAUCUUCCAAACCAGUGCAGGAAGAACAAAGCUUAUGGCAGCUCAUAGCCAGACAUUUCAGGAGGAAAGAGCAGCCGAAAUGUGAAUCCCAGCAGCCCCAUAACAAAGACAAUGACCAGUGUCCCCAGCCUGGGAAUAAUAAGGCACAGCCAAUCACCAUAGAGACUCUGGCAGGCACAGACUACCACAAAGGUCAAGACUCAUUCGUCAACAGUCAGGAGUGGACAUUGAGUCGAUCAGUUCCAGAGCUGAAAGUGGGUAUUGUUGGGAAUUUGUCCAGUGGGAAAUCUGCCCUGGUGCAUCGAUACUUGACAGGCACAUAUGUGCAGGAAGAAUCUCCUGAAGGUGGACGCUUCAAGAAAGAAAUUGUGGUGGACGGACAGAGCUACCUGCUUCUCAUCAGAGAUGAAGGAGGGCCUCCAGAACUGCAGUUUGCUGCCUGGGUGGAUGCAGUGGUUUUUGUCUUCAGCCUGGAGGAUGAGAUCAGCUUUCAGACAGUCUACAACUACUUCUUGCGCUUGUCCAGCUACAGAAACACAGCUGAGGUGCCAAUGGUCCUCGUUGGAACACAAGAUGCAAUCAGCGCAGCCAAUCCCAGAGUGAUUGAUGACUCUCGGGCCAGAAAGCUGUCUAAUGAUCUGAAACGCUGCACAUACUAUGAGACUUGCUCCACCUAUGGUCUGAAUGUGGAGAGAGUCUUCCAGGAUGUUGCCCAGAAGGUUGUGGCCAUGAGAAAAAAGCAGCAGCUGUCUAUUGGUCCAUGCAAAUCUCUCCCUAACUCUCCGAGUCACUCUUCAGUGCCAGCUGCAUCCAUCCCCUCUGUUCACCUUAACCAGGCAGCAAAUGGUGGGGGUGCAUUCAGCGACUACUCCUCCUCUGUUCCCUCCACCCCCAGCAUAAGUCAGCGGGAGAUGCGCAUUGAGACCAUCGCUGCCUCCAACACGCCCACGCCCAUCCGCAAGCAGUCGAAGCGGCGCUCCAAUAUUUUCACAUCACGGAAAGGCAGUGAGCAAGCAAAGACCGUUGACAGUAAAACAGACAGCAUAGGCAGUGGAAGGGCCAUACCUAUCAAACAGGGAAUCCUUCUGAAGCGAAGUGGCAAAUCCCUCAACAAGGAGUGGAAAAAGAAAUAUGUCACACUGUGUGAUAAUGGCGUCCUCACUUACCACCCCAGUUUACAUGACUACAUGCAGAAUGUGCAUGGAAAGGAGAUUGAUUUGCUGAGGACAACAGUGAAGGUACCAGGGAAGCGACCACCCAGAGCAGUGACCACUGUGGCGCCAAGUGCAAGUCCCAAAACCAACGGACUAACGAAGGAUCGCAGCGCCCUGCAACUUGGUAUUGGAAACACAGGUGCAACUCACUCCAACAGCAGCAUUUCUCUACAAGCGGGUGGGUCGGCGUUUGGCGGCAGUAAAGACGGCAUGCAUCAACGCUCCUUCUCUGUGUCCAGUGCUGACCAAUGGAAUGAAGCCAUCAACACCAGUACAAGCAGUGGAGCCCCCAAUGGGAUGACUGAUCCUGCUACUUCCAACAUGGGCAGUGCCACGAGUCCUAAACUUGAGCCUCCUCCCUCGCCACACGCCAACCGCAAGAAACACAGGCGGAAAAAGAGCACGGGCAUCACAAAGCCGGAUGGCCUAUCAGCAGGCAAUGAUGAGCAAGAAGAUUCCUUUGAGUUCAUCAUUGUGUCACUGACGGGCCAGACGUGGAACUUCGAAGCAUCUACAUAUGAGGAGAGGGAGCUAUGGGUGCAAGCAAUAGAGAGCCAGAUAUUUGCCAGCCUACAGUCCUGUGAGAGCAUCAAGAACAAGUCUCGGUUAGGCAGCCAAAGUGAUGCAAUGGCCAUUCAGUCCAUACGGAACGUGAGGGGGAACAGCUUCUGUGUGGACUGCGAUGCACCCAACCCGGAUUGGGCCAGUUUGAACCUGGGCGCCUUGAUGUGCAUUGAGUGCUCAGGCAUGCACAGGAACCUGGGUACCCACCUGUCCCGCGUUCGCUCUUUGGACCUGGACGACUGGCCAGUGGAGCUGAGCAUGGUGAUGACAGCAAUCGGCAACGCCAUGGCCAACAGCGUAUGGGAGGGCUGUUUGGAGGGAUACACAAAGCCAGGGAGCGACAGCACCAGGGAGGAGAAGGAGCGCUGGAUCAGAGCCAAGUACGAACAGAAGCUGUUCCUGGUUGGGCUGCCUCAGUCGGAUGUUCCUCUGGGGCAACAGCUGCUCCGGGCAGUGGUGGAGGACGACUUGAGGCUGGUGGUGGUGCUGCUGGCGCAUGGUACCAAGGAGGAGGUCAAUGAGACUUACGGUGAUGGAGAUGGACGUACUGCACUGCACCUCUCGUGUGCCAUGGCCAAUGUUGUCAUCACGCAGCUGCUCAUCUGGUAUGGUGUGGAUGUGAAAAGCCGAGACGCUCGGAGCCAAACGCCGCUGUCCUACGCCCGGCGAGCCGGGAGCCAGGAGUGCGCUGACAUCCUGCUGCAACACGGCUGCCCCAACGAUUCCAGCAGCUUAAGCCCCGCCCCCACGUCCAGUGCAAGCCUCCGCAAUCCCAACAUCAACAACAACAACGCUCAGUGUGAGCUCAACCGCAGCAUCAGCAUCAUGUAGAAGCCAGAGAGAAUCUCACUGCAGACAAGAAAAAAGAAAAAAAAACAAACAAACAAAACACCCAAACCCGCCCGUGUGUACUUGUUGUACUUCCUCUGUUUCACACUGUGUAACCCAGAAUCAGAACCAAUGGAGAGAUAUCAGGUAUCAAGUUACUGGAGAUAUUCCACUGCGCUGCAAGCUUGGACAUUGUACAUUUUUAAAUAUAUUUUAUUUUUUAUUUCUUUUUUUCCUCCUAAUUUUAUUCAGUCUUGGUCUGAAAUGGUCGUGUUCAUCUUUAACAUUUAUGUUUUUGAAGCCUCAACCAAACAGAUUACUUCCUUUUGCAUUUAUACCGUAUAGAAAAAGCAUAUCCUUAACUCAAAACAUUUCCUACUAUGUUGUCCUCUUCCCUUUUGUAAUGGGAACAGAGAAAUAUAAUGAGCGUGAGUCAGAAAACGGCUUCAAAUUUUCAAACUUAAGCAUCGACACGCAGAACAGUAAAAAAGUAGUUUCUACAAGUGACAAAACACUGACGCAGGGAGAAACUUAAUCUCUCAUAACAGUGACUGUUACAGCUUUCACAGUGAUGUAUGUCUUCAACACUCUAUCAUAUACAAAAGCAAAGCAAUUAUGGUUAAAGAGGCCAAAUGAUUUCGACACUUAAUUCACAGGGAAAUGGAUUUGGAUCAUCAUAGCAAGAGCUGAUUGCAGAAUUCCUAUUGGGUGAGAGUGAGUCAUUUUCUAUGGCACAAUCUUUCAGUAAACGUGUCCGUGACUAUAAAGGAAUUAAGGGCCAUGAUGUUUUAGGACUAUUAAGUCGCACUGCUUUGUGAGUGUGCCUCUUCAAUCAAAAUUGAGAUUCAAAGGUUUGAUUGAAACUGUGAACUUCUACCAUUAUAAUCUCUUUGUUAGAGUUAUUAUUUCUUUUAAGAUUGAGUGGAUUAUGUUGGUAAUUGCUUCAGAGAUUCAGUCAGUGUAACAGCACAGGAUUCUGGGAGAUCGGCUGAUAGAUGUAGAACUGGUACUCUAGAGCUCAUAUCCGCUAUUAUUGCUGUGAAAUACAUAUGUGGUACCGUGUGUGUGCGUGUGUAUGACUGAACAUCUGCUUCAGGGGCAUUUCUGUGGAGAAGUCAGAAAAAUAAAGUAAAAAUUUGGGAACAUAACUGGGUUUCAUUGUACAGAUAUCUGUAAAAAGUAGUUAAUGUUCCUUUGCCUUAUUCCUUACGAGAACCGUUUGACCUUGCUCAGACUUGUAGUCUAAAUGAAAAAAAUGACCCCUGUCCUUUUCCUUUAGCAUUUCCUAUCCUCACAUUAUGUGAGCGUAAAAGCUGGGAGACAACAAAAUUUAUUUGUGACUGAAGUAAAGGCAGUAAAAGGGAUUACAAUCAGAAAGAGGUUAAUAGAGGGAAGUUUUUUUUUCAUACAACUGUGCAGUAUUCUACAUAUUUUACAAAGGCAAAAGUAUUUGUUUACAGGGCUAAUAACUACGUGGUACCUUAUCUGCAAUACUCAUGUUGAUGCUUUAUGGAUUUUCUAAAUUUUUUUAUAUGGCCAGAGGAGGAUACUUGCAAGACUGAGGAAGGAAUUAUUUGACAUUUUUGUAAAUGCGCUAUCUUUUUUUUUGUUUGUUUAUUAAAAGUUGAGGCAAGCAAACAAAAAAUAAUAAAGAAUUGUUAAACUACAUUUUGAGAUCCAACAAAAACAUGCAUAUCCAACAAUACAUCUCAUUCACCACUACAACCGUGUUAUGUCUAAUACAAAUAUAAAGUUGGCAGUAAAGAAUCCUUGACUGGUACCGUUGUCCCUGAAGGAACAACGGUACCUUCAGGGACUUUGCUGACACAUGAAUCUUGCACUAUUUUAGUACAGUAUGUUUUGAAAGAAUUAAUGGAAAACAGUCUGUAACAGAAAUUUCUUCCUUUAAAACAAAUAACAGUUGAAUUUAUAGAAAUGUGAACUUGUGAAUUAGAACUCGGAUACUGGUCCGUGUGAGAUCCUCUUAUUAUCUUGACUUUGAGUAAAUUGAUAUUUCUUAACAGCCAAUUGUGUCAUAGUUGUAAGCCGAUGAAAGCUGUAGCAGCCUUCUUUUACAGCAGGAAAACUCUGGUCAUUUUUCUCUGACAGCUCUUAGACAGCUUGGGCACAAUAAGUCAAGAGUUUAUUGCGUAAUCUUGACUUUGUUAUGCCAAAGUCAGUCUAUCUGUGUCCACUUUCCUUUUGGUUGUGAAGGUUGUUCUCUUAUAUGCAUGUUUAACAGAUAUGUGGAUACAUUUGGCUUGGUUGGAUGUUUGAGUACUAUUUGGGUACUAAUUAGAUGCUUUAAUACUACUGGGUACAUCUUGUGAAAAAGCACAUUUCUGCCAAAAAUGUUAAACAAUUCCUUCAAGACUUCAUAAGUCCACCUGAUUUUUGCUCAGAUUUUCAACUUGUACUGUACUGUGAUAUAAGCCUUAUUUCUGAUCAUUACUUGACCACCUUAUUUCACUGAAACCUUUUCAUGGUUCAGUGGGAUGACAGAAGAGCUCCAUAUGUACAGCAAUUACCCUAAAAUCCUAUUUACAUACUGUAGAUGAUAGAGAGAAAAAACACUAGAAUUACCCGCCUGUUUGAACCCAAACAAACAAUACGAAAUGUAUAUAUUAGCUUAGUGCUUUUAUGGAACGGAAAGCUCCUCCUGGAGAGACAAACUGAACUGAUUUUGGUCAUUUUGAUCCAUAAGUUGUUUUUGUUUCUCUUUGAACAUAUUUUUUUAAGGUCCUUCUGUUUGGGUCUUAACAUAGCCAACCAUCUUUGGUACUUGUGUAUAAUGAUGUACAUUUGACAUAUUUAUAAUGCAGUAUGUAAAUAUCUUUUUGUGUGUUUGUUUUAUUUGUUUUACCUAUUGUAUUUCCUUUUACGUUCAGAACGUGAAGCAAAGUAAAAGCUAAAGAGUAACAUGUUGUAUGCUUGGAUGCUUGGCUGACUCUUGCCCUAUUAAUAAACACUCAAAUAAAACAUUGUAGCCUUCCCCAAAAUUUGGGGAAACUGACACA